AUGCUUCAAUUACUUACUUCUCCGGUUCCGCUUUUCAUCUUUGUAGUGGUGCUUCUCGUGCUAGCCAAAAAGGCUGACCGCAAAUGGCAAGAGCGGAAAUUCGCGCGUGAGCAUGGCUGCUUGCCACCACCAACAGAGCCAAACAAAGAUCCUAUUCUUGGACUAGACAAGUUCCAAAAGAUUCUGACAGCAGCCCGUGAGAAUCGGAUCUUGCCGCUGUCGUACGGUCGAUUCCAGCAGAAUGGAAACACUUUUCAGUCCAACGUGCUGCUCAAACGUGGUAUCCACACGAUAGAACCCAAGAAUGUGCAGAAAAUUCUGGCUUUGAAUUUCAAUGAUUUUGAGAUGGGGAAGCGGAGAAAACACGCUUUCGGUCCCCUCCUUGGGAGCGGGAUUUUUGCUGCCGAUGGAAAAGAGUGGGAGCACUCACGCGCCCUCCUGAGACCCAGUUUCACUCGCACUCGGAUCUCUGAAGUCGAUAUAUAUGAGAGACAUCUUCAUGACUUGAUCAGCCGCAUUCCACAGGAUGGAUCCACAGUUGAUUUACAAGAGCUCUUCUUCUGCCUGACACUUGACACGGCAACGGAAUUUCUCUUUGGUGAAUCAGUGAACUCUCUGGGUACUGGCUUGUCUGUAUCCUCGAGCAAUUUUGCCGAGAAUUUCAGUGAUGCGCAAGAUGGAAUCGUCCAUCGAGUCAGGCUGGGAUCAUUCAGCUGGAUGUUUCCUAAUGCUAAAUUUGACAAUGCGGUUCGAGAAGCUCGCAGCUUCGUCGGUCAAUUUGUGCAAAGAGGCCUGGAUUAUCAAGAAAAAAGAGAGAGAAAACAAGCACCGGAGGAAAGUUACGUCUUUUUGGAUCAGCUCGCCCAGCAGACGACAGAUAAGACUGAACUCACGGAUCAACUUCUCAACAUCUUACUUGCUGGCCGAGAUACAACAGCCAGUCUCCUUAGUAUGGAGUUUUUUAUCCUCGCUAGACGUCCAGAUGUUUUGAAAAAACUUCGCGCUGAAAUCUCAACACUUGACGGUCGGCCGCCAUCCUUCGAACAGCUGAGGGACCUUAAAUAUCUCACAUGGGUUCUUAACGAAACUCUGCGAUUGUAUCCUGUUAUCCCACGCAACGUUCGUACGGCCGUGAGAGAUACAUGUCUUCCCUUAGGCGGUGGUCCGGAUGGGAAUUCGCCCGUUUUUGUCAAAAAGGGACAGAACAUCACAUUUGAUGUAUACAGCAUGCACCGUCGUCCGGACAUCUACGGCCCCGAUGUUGAUGAGUUCAAGCCGGAGCGAUGGAACAGUGUCAGACCGGGCUGGGGAUACCUGCCCUUUAGUGGAGGCCCAAGGAUCUGUAUUGGGCAACAAUUCGCUCUGACUGAGGCUAGGUAUACUACAGUCAGGAUGUUGCAGCACUUUUCAAACAUUGAAAGCAGAGACUCCGAACCGUGGCAAGAGCUGUUAACGGUGACGUGUGCCAGCAAAAAUGGAACUAAGGUCUCAUUGACGCCAGCAUGA